AUGGAUAUAUCCGAGUUGACUACUGAACUGUUCCAUGCCAUAGCCGAAAAGCUGACAAAGGACGACGUAGGCAGUCUGAGCCCAGUCUCGCAUGCACAUCGCACCAAAUGCGAGCCCUUCGUUUUCCGCAGUGUCACCCUGUCAGGUCGGAAGAAACGCUCCCUACGUUUAUCGCACCGUGCGUUGGGUAGACUCAAAAACCCCAGUGACAGCAUGGUGUACAGCGUGCGGCUGAUUUCUGUAGGUUACACCGCGAAAUCUUGCCAGAGAAAGCUCUCUUGCCGGCGCUUCGUAACGUCAGUGCUUCGGAGUCCUUCACGUGGUGCACUGGGUACCGACCCCGAUCACAAUUUUCAAAUUCUCCUCCCCUUGGACAACCCCCUAAUCUCAUCGUCGCAAUUGCACACGCUGGAUAUCAAGAUUGGUGUGCUCUGCAACAAGAAUUUUCGUAAUCCAAUGGGGAAACCGGAGCUCGAUGAGCUCAAGUCAAUCUUGUCAGAUUCACAAGAGAUGAGCAUCGGGCAGCAUGGUCGCUGGCUGCAUUAA